AUGCUGUACACUUUAGCAGGAGGGGGCACGCUCUGCGGCGUGGCCGCCCUCGUGCUUCUCAUCGUCUCCACUGCGACCGACUUCUGGAUGCAGUAUCGAUACUCGGGGAGCUCAGCCAAUCAGGGGCUUUGGAGGUUCUGCAUCAACCACAAAUGUCAUGCCCACACCAUAACUGUAGCUUUCUGGGAUGCCACCCGGGCCUUCAUGUUGCUGGCGGUGCUGAGCUGCUUCGCUGGGGUCGUGCUCGGCCUCAGCGCCUUCACCAACGGCACCAAGAACAGGAGGGUCCGCACAGGAGGCAUCGCCCUCGUCCUGUCAGGCUUCCUGGCUCUGCUGGCUUUGGCGAUCUACACCGGAGUGACGGUCACUUUCUUUGGCAAACGCUUCUUGGACUGGCGCUUCUCCUGGUCCUACAUCAUCGGCUGGGUGGCCAUCAUCCUGGCUUUCGCAGCAGGUGUGUUUCAGCUGUGUGCUUACCAGAGAACCUCUGCAGACCCUGCUCCUUCAAAUAACCCCGACACCUGA